AUGAGGACCUUGAUUUUUUUGCUAUAUACGAUCAUAUUAGUGUCUGCUGUGUCAACGCAAGAACAAUAUGAGAGGAGAAAUCGUCGAAACACCAGCGGUUCUUCACUUGUUGGAGAAGUUUGCUCGUUCAAUACGGAUUGUCAACGUGGAAUGUUUUGCGGUGGAGGAUUGUGUCAAUGCCUCUCCAACUUUGUCGCAAUUGAGAAGCAUUGCUGGCCCAAAAUCAAUCCAGGAGAGUCUGGAUGUGUAGAGAGAAAACAGUGCGAUGCGGUUUGGCCGGAAGCGAUUUGCUCUAUGUCGGGG